UCUCAAAUGUUGCCAAUCAUUUAAUCUUAACAAAUGCUUUCACUUGAUAAUUAACCUUUUAGUUUUGUUUGUUACUUUGACUUAGAUAUAUCACUUGUCCUUUAUGUGGUUGUUUUAUAUGAUUUUGGUUUUGGCUCAUUGCCAGCUACAAUGUGGCCAAGGAGAACCGACUGUGGUACCCGGUAUUGGAGUCAAUUGGGGUUCGAUAUCAUCCCAACCUUUAGAUCCUCCCAUUGUGGUGAAUUUGCUGAAGGACAAUGGAAUUAAAAAGGUAAAGCUUUUUGAUGCAGAUUCUUGGGUUCUAAGUGCUUUUUCUGGCACAGACAUUGAAGUUAUGGUUGGAAUUCCCAAUGAUCAAUUGAAGAAAUUAUCUAAAGAUAAAGAUAAUGCAGAAGAUUGGCUUAAAAACAAUAUUACCAAACAUAUGCGUGAUGGAGGGGUCAAAAUCAGAUAUGUAUCUGUUGGAAACGAGCCAUUCUUGAAAAGUUACAAUGGUUCAUUUACAAAGACCACAUUUCCAGCGAUGAAAAAUGUUCAAAGGGCGAUUGAUAAGGCUGGUUUUGGAGACAAAAUCAAGGUGACUACAGCUUUGAAUGCUGAUGUUUAUGAGUCUAGUUCAAACAAGCCCUCAGAUGGGAAUUUUCGCAAGGACAUUUAUGAUGUUAUGAAACAAAUAGUGCAGUUUCUUGAUGAAAAGAAGUCACCAUUUCUUGUCAACAUAUAUCCAUUUCUUAGUUUAUAUCAAAAUGAAGAUUUUCCAGAGGACUAUGCUUUCUUUGAUGGUCAUGGUAAAACUACUGAUGACAAAAAUGAGCAUUAUACCAACAUGUUUGAUGCAAAUUUAGAUACCCUUGUUUGGUCACUAAAAAAGAUGGGUCACCCAAAUGUGUCCAUCGUUAUAGGUGAAAUUGGAUGGCCAACUGAUGGUGACAAAAACGCCAAUGCAAAAAAUGCAGUAAGGUUCUAUCAAGGGUUCCUUAAGAAAAUGAAAACCAAGAAAGGGUCUCCUCUUCACCCGGGACUUAUAAACACUUAUCUGUUUUCUCUUUUGGAUGAGAACACAAAGAGUAUUGCACCAGGUGAUUUUGAGCGUCACUGGGGAAUUUUUCGCUAUGAUGGAAAGCCUAAGUUUCAUAUUGAUUUUUCUGGCCAAGGACAAGAUAAAAUGCCUAUAGGAGCAAAAGGGGUUAUCUACCAAGAGCGCAAAUGGUGUGUCCUUAAACAUAAUGCUGACAAGGAUAAGGUGGAAGAUUCAGUAAGUUAUGCUUGUGCAGGUGGUGAUUGCACAAGCUUAGGUGUUGCUCGUUCUUGUGAUAAAUUAGAUAAAGCUGGUAACGCUUCAUAUGCUUUCAAUCAAUACUUUCAAAUAAAUGAUCAAAGUGUUGAGGCGUGUGAUUUCAAAGGGUUGGCCACUAUUGUAUCAGAGGACCCAUCAGAACAAAAUUGCGUGUUCCCUAUAGCAAUAGUUAGCAGUGGAAACAUUCUUAGAGCAAUGCAGAAGGUGGGAGGCAUUUUAUUAGGGUUCACCUUGAUUUUCACAACAUUUGUGUAAAAACUUAUUGGUUAGUGGGCAAGGGAUUAGCGAUGAUAAAUCCAAAUAGUUUAGUUGUUGUAAAUUUAAAUCUAUAUAAGCCAUCAUAAGAGAGAAAAAAUAGUGAAUGCUUGAAGUAAUGUUUGUAGAUAUGCCAUUAUUUCAUUCCAAUCAUCAAUA